UGCUAAUUUCAAAGAUUUGCAUCCCUGAAAGCUAUCAAAGAACAAUGGGCUUUAUAUUUCUUGGCAAUGGGGGCUAUCUUGUUCAUGGUAUCCCUAGUGGUAGUACUAGUAGUGAUAGUAAUAACGAUAAUAAUAAACAAUAUUGAUGUUUUAUUGUUAAUAGGGCUCACAGUUAUUGGCUAUUUACCACAUAUCAAGGAUCGUUCUAAGUGGUUCUCAGAGUGUGGUCCAUUGACCGUUGGGGAUUCCCAAGACUCUUUGAGGAGUCUGUGAGGUCAAAACUAUUUUUAUGAUAAUACUAAGACAUCGUUUGCUUUUUUCACUAUGUUGACAUUUGCAUUGAUAACGCAAAAGCAAUGGUGUGUAAAACUGCUGCUCUUUAGCCCAAAUCAAGGCAACAAGGCUAGUAGUCAUUAUAUUCUUCAUUGGCAGCACUCACAGCGUGUGGGGCGGGGGGCAGAAGGGAACGGUUUUAUUUUAGAAUGUCCCUAGUGAAGUAAUAAAGGACUGGUUUUUAUGAACGCAUUAAAAAUUAUUAAUUUUAUUAAAUCUCCAUCCUUGAGCACGUGUCCUUUAAUGGUGUGACAAAAUGGGGAGUACACGUAAAGGAAUUCUACGUACGAAGUAGGUUUGAGCUGCCAGCUGAACUAGUCACUUUCUCAUAGACCAUCAUUUUUGUUUGGAAUAACAACUGUCAGGUAAACUAGGGCUAUUCAGAUGUGGGCGUUUGGCAGAAAUCUUGAAAAUGGAUGAAGCCAGCCUAUAAUUUCAAGGAAAAUACCUGACUGGCUAUUGGUCCAGUGGAAAGGGCUGUCCAGUGGCCAAAAGCAGAUAGCUCUUUUUCAAGGGGUAGGAACUCCCAGGGACCAUCUAUAGUUAGAGAAAAUAGUGCUUUGAACAAUGAUGAAUUUUAGAAUAGCAAAGCUGGAAAACAUUUUCCAAGGUUUACCUACUAUAGAACCACUCAUUUUAUAGAUUGGAAAAACAGCAUAGAUAUUAAGAGCCGUGUCCUAGGUUAUACUCUACAAAUGUAUGAUUUAUGGGCUAAUUUUUUAUGGUAUCUUAAAUUUCUAUAUAUUUUUCAUCUGAUCCUCAGUAACACUGUGUGUAUGUAAAGUGGCUUAAAGAUAAGGAAAUUGAGACUCAAAGAAGGUAUUUCUUCAAAUGCACUUUACGUUUUCCUGCCCUUUCAUCUGUUAUCUCUGAAGACCUGAAAUAAAGCAAUCAAUGCAAAUAGAAAAGAGAAUGUAUAAGACUUGGUGUCUUUGUUUCUGUCUUAGGCUGGGCUCUCUAGAGAAGGAAAACCAACGAAGUGAAUAUGUAUACGCGUAUGUGCAUAUAUAUGUAUGUAUGUGUGUAAAGAUUUAUCUCGAGGAAAUGGGUCAUGUGGUUGUGGAGGCUGACAAAUCCCAAAUCAGUGAAUCAGGCGUCAUGCUGGAGGCUUUUCCUGACUCACAUGGUUGCAGGGGCUUACUAAUCCCAACUCAGCAGGUAUGACAACAGGCAAAUGGCCCCCAGGGCUGUGGAGGCUGGAGAAAGAGGUCAAACGACGGAAAACUGCUGGCACACAGGGCUGCAGAAGCUGGCGAAUGAGGUCAGACGGCAGGCUGCUGGCUCACAGGGCUGGGGAAAUACAUCGUGGGAUUAUCAAACGACUGUAUACUGAAUUGCGGGACAAGGACAGGUAGACAUCUGAUGACAAGACACGUGAAGGAUCCAGAGCAAAACAUGAAUAAGUCAGAUAAAUAUGAUCCACGUGAUGUUGAAAGACUACAGCAAGAUGACAACUGGGUUGAAAGUUACUUACUGUGGAGACACAAUGUCGUAGAUGAAACACUGAAGAUGCUUGAUGAGAGUUUUCAGUGGAGGAAAGAAUUUGCUGUCAAUGACCUUAGUGAAUCCUCCAUUCCCAGAAGGUUAUUAGAAAUUGGUGGUAUUUAUCUCCAUGGUUAUGACAAAGAAGGGAACAAACUGUUCUGGAUCAGGGUGAAGUAUCACGUAAAAGACAGCAAAACUGCAUUGGACAAAAAGAAGCUUAUAGCAUUUUGGUUGGAACGUUAUGCUAAAAGAGAAAACGGGAAACCUAUUACAGUGAUGUUUGACCUGUCAGAAACUGGAAUAAAUAACAUAGACAUGGACUUCGUACGCUUUAUCAUCAACUGCUUUAAGGUUUAUUAUCCUAAAUACCUCUCAAAAUUGGUAAUCUUUGAUAUGCCUUGGAUAAUGAAUGCUGCUUUCAAACUUGUGAAAACUUGGCUGGGUCCAGAAGCAAUGAGUUUGUUGAAGUUUACAAGUAAAAAUGAAAUCCAGGAGUAUGUCAGUGUAGAAUACCUGCCUCCCCACAUGGGUGGAACUGAUCCUUUCAAAUAUAGCUAUCCACCACUAGUAGAUGAUGAUUUCCAAACACCAUUGUGUGAAAAUGGGCCUAUUACCAGUGAGGAUGAAACUUCAAGUAAAGAAGAUAUAGAAAGUGAUGGCAAAGAAACCUUGGAAACAAUUUCUAAUGAAGAACAAACAGCUCCUGUAAAAAAGAUUAGCCUAGCAGAACCUAAUUCCAAAGCAGAAGAGAAUGAAAAAGUUGAUUCAAAGAUGAAAGCAUUCAAGAAACCAUUGAGUGUGUUUAAAGGGCCCUUAUUACACAUCAGCCCAGCAGAAGAACUGUAUUUUGGAACUGCAGAAUCUGGAGAGAAGAAAACUUUAAUAGUGUUGACGAAUGUAACUAAAAACAUAGUGGCAUUUAAGGUGAGAACAACCGCUCCAGAGAAAUACAGAGUCAAGCCAAGCAACAGCAGCUGUGAACCUGGCGCAUCGGUUGACAUAGUUGUGUCUCCUCACGGGGGUUUAACAGUCUCUGCACAGGACCGUUUUCUGAUAAUGGCUGCAGAAAUGGAGCAGUCAUCUGGCUCAGGCCCAGCAGAGUUGGCUCAGUUCUGGAAAGAAGUUCCCAAAAACAAAGUUAUGGAGCAUAGAUUAAGAUGCCACAUUAUCGAAGGCAGCAAACCAACCACUCUUACGUUAAAAGACAGUGCUUUUAACAUGUCAGAUAAAACCAGUGAAGAUAUAUGUCUACAGCUCAAUCGUUUACUAGAAAGCAAUAGGAAGCUUCAAGACCAAGUCCAGCGUUGUAUCUGGUUCCACCAGCUGCUGCUUUCCCUAAUGAUGCUCUCGCUUGCUUUUGUCAUCUCUUUCUUCUACUUGUUGUACAGUUAGAGAAGUGGUGCCCGGUAGGCAGCAUGGCUGAUUCAUUCGUUAGUUGAAACAAGUAACAGACUCAAAACUGCGCCACCAAACGGGAAAGUACUAGAAGCGAUUGAUGCACACCUGUGCUCGCUAGACAGAAAUGCGCAACACUUGGGGAGAGGGGAAUAGAUACAUGUCUUAAAAAAUAAACUGUUAGAAUAACAAAGUACCCUAAAAAUGCUGAAGAAAUUGAUUAUAAGAGAUUAUAUAGUUAGUAAGUAAAGGCACAUCCACUGUGUAAAUUAAUAGUUUAAAUAUAACUUAUUUUUUUCAUUUUGGUUUGAAUGCUUUGAAAGCUUGUUUAAGUUUUAUUAUAUACAUUAGCCGAACUGAAAAAUAUAAGUAAAAUGCUUUGUUGCAGCCAAAAAAUGUAGUCUGCUUUUUAGGAUGGAAUUAUAGCUGAGCCAACUCAUUUGCUUUUCUAUACUAUGUAUAUAGGAGAACAUGUAUAUUGAAAAAGAAAACCGACUUAUACAGAAUAAUUUAUGUGAUCAUGACCUGGUAAUUUUGAGAAUUUCUUCCAGAUGAUAGCCGCUAUUCUUUUGGAAUGUCAAACUCUCUGAUGCCAAACUACCUUAAGCCUUUGUUUCUUAUCAGUGUUCUUUAUUAACAGGCUGCCUUUUAUUAAUCUGGGGCUUUUUUAUGAAUACUCUUACUUAGAUGACAUUUGGAAAACUGAGUUUUGUUGGCUUUUCUUUGAAUUCUGUUAGUAAAGUCCAGAAAAAAAAUCUCUUCAAGCGGGUUCACUUUCCAGCCCUCUUGACGCACUCACGUGUUGUUGCCUGGGCCUGGACACUGAACCUUUCACCUAAUGUGUAGAGAGGCCAGAACCUGCAUUGUACUGGCUUCGCUCUCCUUCCUGAUCCGAGGAGUCUCUUUGUAGACCCCGAGUUGUACUUCUUCAUCCUCUUUCUAGGUAAUUUUUUUAAAGUACUGUUUUGAGCUGCAUAGCAGCAUAUUUGACUUACAUGAGAAGAGAACUUAGAAAACACUGGAGCAUCCAUAAGGGUGGAAUAAAACUUAGAAGUACCAAAUGUCAGCAAUCACGUUAAAGAAUGAAAACUCUUAACUCCUGAUGAACUGUAAAACCUUUCAGUCAGGGAGAAUUGACUCGCCUGGUUCUCUGCCUUUGUUGUAAUAAUCCCCCACGUGGUGGCUAAUUCCUCAAAGAUACGCUGUGCUCAAGCAGGCCUAACGAAGUGAAGUGUGUCUCAGCAUUCAUAUGCUCAUGUUCAGUCCACCUUGACUGAAAUGUAAAUCUACUCUAUAUGAGAGGAAAAGUAGUCUGCCUGUAAAAUACAUUUUGAGUUGGGAUGGUGCUGUGCGUAGGGUUUUAUUGUUAUUAUUAUUCUGAGGUAUAGUGUUGGUGGCUUUCAUCUUUAGAGGUACAAAUUCAGAAGUUGGGUUACGAAACAUGAUAUAAUAGAGUUCCUUCAAAAUCGACUUAGGAAAUAGAACUUUAAAGGAUCCUGGUCUUCUACUUUGUCUUAAUUGGGCUGAUUUUUCUGUUUCAGUUUACCAGCUCCCGAUGUGAAACAGACCGCAGCCCACCCUAAGUACUAGUCAGAGUCUCUCCCUGUGCGUGCACAGUGGCUGUCCCUUACGUGUGAGAUUUGGGGCUCUAAUAUAAUCCAAUCCCACAGUGUUUGUGUACGGUUUUUGUUCCUCUGCAAAUAAAUGAGGAAAUAAUCAGUCAAGAUUGGAAAUGUAUUGUCCUAACAGUGUCCCUUUAAUGUUUCAUGUGAAAAUUCUGUUGAGCCACUAAAAUAUUCUUGCUUGAUGUCUGGGCUCGUCUUUUAUUAUUGAAUUUAGUAACACAUCUUGCUAACGUUUGUGUGUUUACUAAAUGUGACUAGGCAGAAUUAGUGAAAAUUAAUGAUAAAGUCAAAGGCAUCUAUCUAACUACUUUUGUACUUGUCUUGAUUAAUCACAUAUGUUGACAUUUGAUUUUAUUUAAUUGCAUUUGUAUGAUUAUUUUUGGAACUCUACAGUUUGUUCUAUAAUUUUUAAGAAUUUUUUUGUUAAUUGUGUCAUUCAUUAGCAGUUCAUGACCAAAUGACUAAGGACCAACAUUUAGAUUUAGAUUUUUGUUUUCACUUGGGAGUAGACAUUAAUAGAUUCUCCUUGAAAACAUUAAUGAAACAUUAUUAAAUUGAUCUGCAAGUAGCCUAAUGUGAUUGCUGGUAAACCUAGCCUCAAGUUUCAUAAUAAUACCAUAACUGUUUUUAUAUCUUACCACUAAUUUUGACUGGAUUUAAUAGCACUUUAUUAUACAAUUGCAAAAAAAAAAAUAUAUUCCUAGAAUUGUUGCCAGUAUAAUUUCUCUAAUGUUCUGGUGC